AUGACCUCCCUCAACGGCCACGCCACACCAUCUGAACAAGCUGCCCGCCGCCGCGCAGACCACCACGAGGCAGAUGUCGUGAUCAUCGGUGCUGGCAUUCUAGGCUGCGCCCUGGCAGUUACACUGGGGAGACAAGGAAGAAGUGUAAUAUUGCUUGAGGCAAGCAUGAAGGAGCCCGAUCGUAUUGUUGGCGAGUUACUUCAGCCGGGUGGUGUGCAGGCUCUUGAAAAAUUAGGCAUGUCGGAAUGUUUGGAGGAUAUCGAUGCGAUUUCCGUGAAGGGUUACUAUAUUUCAUAUCAUGGGGAGCCGGUUGAGUUGGAUUAUCCUCGCGAAACGGCUUCUUCACCCGAGCCCAGGGGGAGAGCGUUCCAUCAUGGUCGAUUCGUGAUGAAAUUGCGACAGGCUGCUUUGGCUUGUCCGAAUGUUACUGUUGUUGAGACGAAGGCUACGGGGUUGGUUACGUCGACGCACACGAAGCAGGUUCUUGGUGUCGAGUGCGUAACUAAGGAUAUGAAGGAUUGCUACUUUGCUCAGCUUACUGUCGCUGCCGAUGGGUAUAAUUCUGUUUUCCGUAAAGGGAACCUCCCGCAUACGCCGACGCGCCGAUCGAAGUUCUGGGGCCUCGAAAUGAUCGAUGCACCCCUUCCUUCUCCUUGUUGUGGCCAUGUGCUACUCGGUGAUAUUGCGCCCAUCCUCAUGUACCAGAUUGGAACCCACGAGACCCGAAUCCUGAUCGAUAUCCCGGAGAAUCUCCCUGCGGCUUCAAUUAAGAAUGGUGGUGUAAAGGGCUACAUGCGGAAUUGCGUUCUACCUGUUCUUCCAAAGGAUGUACAGCAACCGUUCUUGAAUGCCUUGGAAACAGGUUCAUUGCGAUCAAUGCCAAACUCUUUCUUGCCCGCAUCAACAAAUAAGACAGCCGGUUUAAUGAUUCUGGGUGACGCGCUUAACAUGCGCCACCCAUUAACAGGUGGUGGAAUGACAGUAGCAUUGAACGAUGUCUGUGUGAUUCGUGAACUACUCAGUCCCGAAGCUGUGCCAAGUUUCGAAGAUACAGAACUUGUGCUCAAACAACUUUCUCGCUUUCACUGGAUGAGAAAGAAGUCUUCGACUGUUAUCAAUAUCCUCGCUCAGGCGCUUUACAUGUUAUUCGCUGCUGAUGAUAAGAAUCUCCGCGCACUCCAGCAGGGAUGUUUCCGCUACUUCCAAAUUGCUAACGUUGAUCAACCCGUCCUCAUGCUCGCUGGUCUACUUAAACAACCUCUCGUCCUUGUCACACACUUCUUCACUGUCGCCUUCCUGGCUAUCUGGGUCCAGUUCCGCCAAACACCCUUCACCCAUCUAAUACUGUUUCCCUUCCAAUCCGUCAUGGUGUUCUGGACAGCCUGCAUCGUGAUUGUACCAUACAUUCUUGCCGAGCUCUGGUCUUGA